CCCCACAAGAGUCUGAAACGAGGAAGUGGUGAGGGGGAGUGAAAAUCUGCCACAAUCGAGCAGAAAGGCAAAAAGCAAGUGCUCCAGGAUGGCCCCGUGCCGCCGGUGACAGCACCCCAAGCACCUGGCCUGGGGAGGGACACAGGGACAGCAUGGGCAGCAAGGAGCGCUUCCACUGGCAGAGCCACAAUGUCAAGCAGAGCGGCGUGGAUGACAUGGUGCUGCUGACCAAGAUCUCCGAGGAGGCCAUCGUGGAGAACCUCAAGAAGCGUUUCAUGGAUGAUUUCAUCUUCACCUACAUCGGGCCCGUGCUGAUCUCCGUGAACCCCUUCAAGCAGAUGCCGUAUUUCACCGACCGCGAGAUCGAGCUGUACCAGGGCGCGGCCCAGUAUGAAAAUCCUCCCCAUAUCUACGCCCUGACUGACAACAUGUACCGGAACAUGCUGAUCGACGGGGAGAACCAGUGUGUCAUCAUCAGCGGAGAAAGCGGAGCUGGGAAAACGGUGGCAGCAAAAUACAUCAUGGGCUACAUCUCCAAAGUGUCUGGGGGUGGGGAGAAAGUCCAGCACGUGAAGGACAUCAUCCUGCAGUCCAACCCGCUGCUGGAGGCCUUUGGAAAUGCCAAAACUGUCCGGAACAACAACUCCAGUCGCUUUGGAAAAUACUUCGAGAUCCAGUUCAGCCGUGGCGGGGAACCCGACGGGGGCAAGAUCUCCAACUUCCUUCUGGAGAAGUCGCGCGUGGUGAGCCAGAACGAGUGCGAGCGGAAUUUCCACAUCUACUAUCAGCUCAUCCAAGGGGCAUCCCAAGAGCAGCGGCAGAAUUUGGGCAUCAUGAGCCCGGAUUAUUACUUCUACCUGAACCAGACAGACACCUACCAGGUGGAGGGCACAGAUGACCGCAGCGACUUCCAUGAGACCAUGAACGCCAUGCAGGUGAUCGGCAUCCGUGGCGAGGACCAGCAGCUGGUGCUGCAGAUCGUGGCAGGGAUCCUGCACCUGGGCAACAUCAGCUUCCAGGAGGAGGGCAACUACGCCCGGGUGGAGAACGCUGACUCCCUGGCCUUCCCUGCCUACCUGCUGGGGGUCGACCAGGAGCGCCUCAACGAGAAGGUCACCAGCAGGAAAAUGGACAGCAAGUGGGGCGGCCGCUCCGAGUCCAUCACCGUCACCCUCAACGUGGAGCAGGCGGCCUACACCCGGGACGCCCUGGCCAAGGGGCUCUACGCCCGCGUCUUCGACUUCCUUGUGGAGUCCAUCAACCGGGCGAUGCGGAAGCCGUACGAGGAGUACAGCAUCGGCGUGCUGGACAUCUACGGUUUCGAGAUAUUCCAGAAAAAUGGCUUUGAGCAGUUCUGCAUUAACUUUGUGAAUGAGAAGCUGCAGCAGAUCUUCAUCGAGCUGACCCUGAAGGCAGAGCAGGAGGAAUAUGUGCAGGAGGGGAUCAAGUGGACGCAGAUCCAGUACUUCAACAACAAGGUGGUGUGUGACCUGAUUGAGAACAAGCUGAACCCUCCCGGGAUCAUGAGUGUCCUGGAUGAUGUGUGUGCCACCAUGCACGCCACGGGCGAGGGCGCCGACCAGACCCUGCUGCAGAAGCUGCAGGCGGCCGUAGGCACCCACGAGCACUUCAACAGCUGGAACUCGGGCUUUGUCAUCCACCACUACGCUGGCAAGGUGUCCUACGACGUGAACGGCUUCUGCGAGCGCAACCGGGACGUGCUUUUCACCGACCUGAUCGAGCUCAUGCAGAGCAGUGAACACGGUUUCAUCCGGAUGCUUUUCCCAGAAAAACUUGAUUCUGACAAAAAGGGACGACCGACCACCGCGGGCUCCAAAAUCAAGAAACAGGCCAACGACCUGGUGAACACGCUCAUGAAGUGCACCCCACACUACAUCCGCUGCAUCAAACCCAACGAGACCAAGAAACCCCGGGACUGGGAGGAGAGCAGGGUGAAGCACCAGGUGGAGUACCUGGGGCUGAAGGAGAACAUCCGCGUGCGCCGGGCAGGGUUCGCCUACCGCCGCCUCUUCCACAAGUUCCUGCAACGCUACGCCAUCCUCACCCCCGAGACGUGGCCGUCGUGGCGCGGGGACGAGCGCCAAGGGGUGCAGCACCUCCUGCGCUCGGUCAACAUGGACCCAGACCAGUACCAGAUGGGCCGGAGCAAGGUGUUCGUCAAGAACCCCGAGUCGCUCUUCCUGCUCGAGGAGAUGCGGGAGAGGAAAUUCGACAGCUUCGCCCGAGUGAUCCAGAAGGCGUGGCGCCGGCACGUGGCUGUCCGCAAAUACGAGCAGAUGAGAGAGGAGGCCGCCAGCAUCCUCUACAACUUCAAGGAGAGGCGGAGGAACAGCAUCAACAGGAAUUUCGUGGGCGAUUACCUGGGCAUGGAGGAGCGGCCGGAGCUGCGCCAGUUCCUGGCCAAGAGGGAGCGCGUCGACUUUGCCGACUCCAUCACCAAAUACGAUCGGAGGUUCAAGCCCAUCAAGAGGGAUUUCAUCCUCACCCCCAAGUGCUUCUACCUGAUCGGGCGGGAGAAGGUGAAGAAGGGCCCUGAGAAGGGGCAGAUCAAGGAGGUGCUCAAGAAGAAGGUGGAGCUGCAGGCGGUGAGCGGCGUCUCGCUGAGCACCAGGCAGGACGACUUCUUCAUCCUCCACGAGAAUGACGCCGACAAUUUCUUGGAGUCCAUCUUCAAGACGGAGCUGAUCAGCCUCCUGUGCAAACGCUUCGAGGAGCUCACCCGCUCCAAGCUGCCCCUCUCCUUCAAGGACACACUACAGUUUCGGGUGAAGAAGGAGGGCUGGGGCGGUGGCGGCACCCGCAACGUCACCUUCGUCAGGGGACAGGGCGAGGUGGCCGCCCUCAAAGCUGGAGGCAAAACCCUUACGGUCAGCAUCGGGGAUGGGCUCCCCAGGAAUGCCAAGCCCACAAGGAAGGGGGCAGCACAGGGCAGAGGUGGCAGCAGGCAUCCGGCACCUUCCCGAAGUGCCCCACCAGCACCCAGAGGAGCCUGCAGGAACGGGGGCCCUCAGAUCUCCCACGGCGAUGGCUGGGCCCCGAGGGACACCUACAAGACGCCCCAGAAGCAGACACGGGGCCCCCCGGCCGCGGCUCUUCCCGCCCGCAGCGCCGGCCACCAGCCCAAGGCACGGCCCCCGUCUGAGCACAACAUGGACUUCCUCAACGUGCCCGACCAGGGGGUGGCCGGGAUGCAGCGCCGGCGCAGCGUGAGCCAGCGGCCGCCCCCGGCCCGGCGCCCCAAGCCCCAGCCCAAGGCGGAGGGGCCGCGGUGCCGGGCGCUCUACCAGUACGUGGGGCAGGACGUGGACGAGCUCAGCUUCAGCGUGGGGGACGUCAUUGACAUCCUGAUGGAAGAUGCGUCUGGCUGGUGGAAAGGCCGGCUGCACGGCAAGGAAGGGCUUUUCCCUGGGAAUUACGUGCAGAAGAUCUGAGCUGGAGGAAAGGAGGAGGUCACCAUCCUGCCAGCCGACUCCAGAGGCUGUGCCCGAGGUGCCAGGGGUGGCUCCAUGAAGUUUUUCCACCAGUGCUGGCACAGAGUGCCAGUUUCCUCAGGAGCCCCCCAGACUGUCCCAGUGCCAAGCACUGAAUGCAACAGUGCCUUCAGCUGGGAGCACCUCUGCAGCAAGGACGGGCUCUUGGCUGCUUAUGCUGGGACAUGCCCUGGGACUGAAACUGUUACGCAGUGUGAAUGGAAUCAUUGCUGAUAAGUGUAGAAAAUAACCAGACUCAGCAAACACCACUCAGGUUUUGAGUUUGGGGGCUGUAUUUCACCCUGGUGCCAGCUCUGUGACAAAAGCUGUGACGUGGGCAGACACAGCUCAGAGGCAGCCCCGUCCCUCCCGCAAUGAACCCUCCCGAAAACGCUGAAUACACAAACCAGCUCUCGCAGGGAUCCCGCUCUCGCAGGGAUCCAGCUCCUGCUGGGAUCCCACUCUUGCAGGAAUCCAGCUCUCGCAGGGAUCCAGCUCUCACAGGGAUCCAGAUCCUGCAGGGAUCCAGCUCCUGCUGGGAUCCCACUCUUGCAGGAAUCCAGCUCUCACAGGGAUCCAGCUCUCACAGGGAUCCAGAUCCUGCAGGGAUCCAGCUCUCGCAGGGAUCCAGCUCUCGCAGGGAUCCAGCUUUUGGAGGGUUCCAGCUCUUGCAGGGAUCCAGCUCUCACAGGGAUUCAGCUCUCAGAGAUCCAGCUCUUUCAAGGAUCCAGCUCCCGCAGGGAUCCAGCUCUUUCAGGGAUCCCACUCUUGCAGGGAUCCAGAUCCUGCAGGGAUCCAGCUCUCGGAGGGAUCCAGCUCGGCCAUCUCCCCGUCCCGGUACGGCUCCGGAUCGCUCAGCAGCGCCCCCGGGGGCGGCCGGGGCAGCGGCCGGGCACAACAGGAGCAGGGUUGUGCAUGGCUGUCACCAUUCCCUGCUUUCCCUCAGGGGAAUCCCCAGGGACAGCCCGCGGAGCUGUCACGGCUCUGUCCGGCCGUGCUGAGGGAGCGCCGGGCCCUGCGCGGGCAGGGCGGCCUCACCCGGGAGGGGCCAGCACCGCUGCCGGGGCGGCAGCCGCGAUCCUGCAGGGACACCCCAAGGCAGGGACACCCCAAAGGCAGGGACACCCCAAAGGCAGGCAGGGACACCCUGAGCGCCACCCGGGGCUGCUCCGGGAGGUUUCCAGCCGGGCGAGGCAUGAACAGGGCUGAAAUCCCCGGCUCGCGUCCGGCUUCCCCCGCCAGGGCCUGCGCCAGAGGAAGUGACGGCGGCCGGAGCCCACAGCGCCUCAAAACCGGCCCUCCUCUUCCUCCCUAAUCCCACAGCCAGCCCUCCUCUUUCUCCCUAAUCCCACAGCCAGCCCUCCUCUUCCUCCCUAAU